AUGAGACAAAGUUUGGUGCAGGUAGCAAAUUGGAAAGCGUUGCCAUUCGAUCAGAUUACGGAUAAUUUAGACGAUACGGUGGAAUCGUUGCUCAAAGAUAUCAGCAAUCAUAUCACUCUUAAAAUUUUAACUAAACAAUCAUCAACAGAUGCAUCGAGUUCACAAUGUAUAUCGGAUCUCAGGCAACGUCUUCUCAAAGCAGCCAUUUCAAAGCAACCACACAUCCUUUCUACUGUUGAUAAUCAACAAAUUAAGGAUCUGAUAUUGCAAGUAGUAGCCGGUGAUGAGCCAUCAAUGCUCAAUUUUGAUCAAAUCCAAGCGAUUAAUGAGUGGUUGGAACAGCUGGAUGAUAAUCACACCGAUAGAAAAAGGUUACAUUUUGUUUUACUUCCUCAAAUGUAUUGGCUAUUUAAUAAUCAUUAUGAUCUUAAAGAUGGUGUUGGCGCACUAUUCCAGUGA